AUGGCUCCAUCUUCUCGUCCUGCCGGCAAGCGACUUCCGAUCAGCUGUCAAGCCUGUCGAACAAGGAAGAUCCGUUGCUCUCGUGAUGGCCGCCCUUGCCAGACCUGUGUCCGACGAGGGCUGGGCGCUGAAGAUUGUGUAUACCUUGGCCAACCGAGACUGUCGUCGGAAAACAGCUCAACUGCAGACACUACCGUCCACGCCGAAUUACUCGCACGAAUCCGCAACCUAGAGGACAUGCUUCAAAGACAAGUUAGCUCAUAUUCAGGCGGUCCGAACUCACCACUCGCAUCGCCCGGUAGCCUCACUGGAAGCUUCUCUGACCUGGACAGUCCAACUGGCCCUGGUUUCACGUCAUAUCCCAGAAGCUCCAUGGUAAACAGCGUUGGGACUUUGCAGACAUUUGCCUCAGGCGACUCUCUCCCUGAUAUCAACUCCGAGGUACCGGAUGACGAUGACGACGUGUGUCUCCCUUUAGCUGGGAAUGCAGCUACGAGGGAAGAGCUACUCGCCCUUCUCCCACCAAGUCGGUAUUGUGACGCACUCAAGGACGUUUAUUUCCGGGUCUUCUCUCCUAUUUCUCUCUUGUUUAUUAUCCUCGCUAUUGCUGUCACUGCCCUUCACGACGAUGACCCCUUACUCUCUGAUUUGGGUCGUGAGAGGACCGUCAGUCGCAAUGUCAAAGCCCUAUCUUCACGCUACCGAUCCGCUGCUUUGCGAUGUCUAUCAGCCGACGGCAUUCUCUCCCGACAUUCCAUCAACUCCCUUCAGUCCCUUAUCCUGAUCAAUUACGCCAGACUUCACCGUGGGCUUCCAACCUGGACGCUUCUAGGCUUGACUCACCACGUUGCCACCUCAAUGGGUUGUCACAUCGACCCGGAACGAUUCGCUCUUGGGCCAAUAGAACGCGAGGAGCGGCGCCGGGCAUGGGCAGGGCUGAAAAUGUUAUACACCACGCAUAAUAAUCUGUAUGGCAGUUCCAGCCCAGGCCUUACGACCAUGAGCACAAAGCUCCCCUUAGAUGUGAACGAUGUGGACCUCCUCACAGGUACUGCCCCAGAAACCGCGACCCCUCGUCCAACCCAGAUGACCUACCUCCUACUCCAAUACCGGCUUCAUGACGUCUCGUCCAUGAUCUGCGAGAGUCUAUUCAGUUUCCCUCCUCGGUAUACCGCCGCUCAGCUAGAAGCCGAGAUCCUCUCCGUGCAUAAGACGUGCGAAAAACGCUACCAGCUAGAACAGGGCUCUGAACCUCUCCCUGUUCAUCACCUCGCCAACCUGAAUAUACUAUACAGCUACAUUCACCAACUACUCCUCCUUCUCUUCCGUCCCGCUCUCUGCCGGUACUUACAAGGCGAAAUCACCAACGAAACCUGUGCUGCGCGGGCGAAAUGCCUAGCGUCCGCGAAAACAUCGCUAUCUAUUCACCAAACCCUGCAUGAAUCACCCCAAUUCGCUUCUUACAAAUGGUACAACAGCAACCAGGGCAGCUUCCAUGCUUUCCAUGCGGCAGUCAUCCUAUGUGUCAUGCUGAUGUACCCGGAGAAUCAGUAUGAGGCGGCCGAUAUCAAGGAAAAUCUUUGGAAAUCCCUCGACGUGUUUGCCUCCCUCUCCAACCGCAGCAACUUCUGUAGCAAAGCUGUUCCUGUGCUGCGCCUGAUUAUGUAG